AUGCUCUCCAAGGUCAAACAAUUCGGCCAUAUUGUUGCCUGUGGUGCUAUUUCUGGCUAUAAUGAUGCAGAAAAGGGUAAAGUCACUGGUUGGGCUGAUAUUACCAGGAAUCGUCUUACCAUUCGUGGCUUUGUCAUAAUUGAUUUUAUCAAAGAUUUUGCGGAAGGUAUCAAUGCAAUUGUCAGUGCAAUCAAAGAAGGCAAAAUUAACAUUACCGAAGACGUAUCUGUGAUUGACUUAAGUAAAGAAAUCGACGUUUUGUCAAAGGUUCCCGAGACAUGGGGUCUAUUAUUUAGUAAUAAGAAGAUAAAUGGUAAAUUGGUUACAAAGAUUGCCUAG